GAGAAACUUGAAGAGCACGCGUGUGGAUCAUUGAACAGUAGUUAGUACAGCGUUGUGUUUUUGCGGGCCGGCGUGGAAUAUGUCAUUGAUCUGAAUAAGCUGUUAGCACGCGCGAUCGCGCAAUAUGUCUUUAUGCUUUCGCACGUUGCCUGGCCGGCUGUCGUCGCUCGUAAGCGGCGGCGGCGGCCGAAAAACGCCGUCAAAGCUCGAUCGUAAUCAGCUGCAAAAGAACAUCGAAUCGUCCGCCUUCUUGAAGCAGUUCUUGGGUACACAGAGAACACUAUCUGUAAGAGCAAACACUACAGGAAAGUCAAUACCUUUUGCAGGAUGUACAUUGCCUUCAAAUUUAUCGCUAGCUCAUUUUGACAUUCACAAUCAAUGGAAUGAAAAGCUAGUCAAACGAUAUUCUGAUGAUGAGAGCAAAAAUACAAUGAUGUAUUGGGUCCAAAGCCCACAUAGGCUACAUGACUCGCAAAGGCUUAGCACUGCCUUCUCACAAGGCAGGAAUCACAUAGUUCCUGUAGGAAUUACCCCAAACAAUGUUAAAACGUUUCCGGUACAAAAUGUUAUAAGAAAUAAUAAAGAUAAUUCAUUUCUAUGUAAUAAUAAGAUGAUUUCUUUAAAAAGUUUACACAGUAAUCAAAAAACAAAUAUUGACAAAAAUAUCGUAUUUAUUUCUGAUGAUACAAGUAUUCUAAAAAUGAGCUCGCAACAAUCACCACAAGAAACCGAUGGUAAACCAUCGCAGGAACAACUGCAAUCCGUAGUUGAUUGUCUUAAUCAAGAUUUACCACAGCUAUUUGUGAAACCUCUAAAUUUUUCAAUAUAUUCUGAUGAUAUAGUUUUUAUCAACAAUAUUAGAGGAGUAACAACAAGGGGGCUUAACAACUAUGUGAAACAAUUAAUGCUGGUUAGGCUAGUUGGUCACAUAAAGUUUGCAUUUGUCAAAUUAGAUAUCAUAAAGAUAACAAUGCAUCCUGAAACUGAUACCAUUCAGGUUCGUUGGCGUAUACGAGGUGUCACGGGCUGGAAAGUGUUCACUAUGUUUUGGAAAUAUAAAAUCUGGAAAAUGCAAGAUGCUAUAAGUACCAAUCAGGAUGUAUGGUACGAUGGCUUCUCUACUUUUCAUGUUAAUGCUAAUGGAAAAAUCUAUAAGCAUAUUGCGGACAAGAUGAUGCCCGAUCAGGAUACAGUGGUGAAAAAAGAAGAUCUACGUAUUGCACCGAAAUUAGCGCUAUUUACAGGUCUCGCAAGCAUAUUUGGUAGCAACGAAGAGUCUAUGGAUUAAGUACCAUUAAAAUUGUUAUCACUGCCAGCUACUCGAAUUAUAUGAUUUUAUUCAAAUUGUUACAACAAACAGAACAAUGCUUUUUGCACGCAUCAAUUUGUAUGUUGCUGGCGUAUCAAUUUUGUUGCAAAUACAUCCUUACGAUAUGAUGAUCAGUAGUAAAUAAGA